AAUCCAUGAAGCAAACGACCCAAUAGUAUAGAUUCUUCCCAUGUACUGGACUAAAAAUAAAUGUGAUUUAAGUGACCAAUUAACCCAAAUAUAAUCAUAAGAAAAACGAAAACCCCCCAACCAAUGUGGUCUAUUAAGUUUGCAGCUGUUCUUAUCCAAGCCCAAUUACCGGUUCUGUUGUUAACCUGAUCGCAGCCUAAAACUUGCCCUAAAUCCCCACCUAGCCUUCCACGACAAGCUUCCACAGACCACACACACCACAAUUACAAACACCGUUCCGAGAGCACCGGCUCAGUGAGUCAUUCUACAACAAACCCCCAAAUUUUGGCGCCCCCAAAACUCGUUUUGAACACAUCCACCUUCUCCCGCUCUCUUUCUCUCUCAUCUCAAGUAAAUUCCAGGCGAUAAUGGAGCAGCAGCAGCAAAGGAACCCGAACUUGGCGCAAGAACAGCAACACGAGGAUAAUGGCCCCAUCCCCGUCGAGCAGCUUCAGGAAUCAGGUAUAGCUUCCAUUGAUGUGAAGAAGCUAAAAACUGCCGGUUUCUGUACAGUCGAGUCAAUUGCAUACUCCCCUAGAAAAGAACUACUGCAAAUUAAAGGAAUCAGUGAAGCUAAAGUUGACAAAAUCAUUGAAGCAGUGUCCAAUUUGGUCCCGCUUGGUUUUACGAGUGCCAGCGAACUUCAUGUCCAGAAGUUGAACCUAGUUCAGAUCACAUCUGGGUCAAGAGAACUAGACAAGAUCUUGGAAGGUGGCAUUGAGACAGGAUCCAUCACUGAGUUGUAUGGUGAAUUUCGCUCUGGAAAGACUCAGCUCUGCCACACGCUUUGUGUUACCUGCCAACUUCCAUUUGAUCAAGGGGGUGGCGAAGGAAAGGCCAUGUACAUUGAUGCUGAAGGCACAUUCCGGCCCCAGAGACUGCUUCAGAUAGCAGAGAGGUAUGGACUGAAUGGUGCUGAUGUCUUGGAAAAUGUGGCAUAUGCACGAGCUUAUAACACCGAUCACCAGUCACAGCUUUUGAUUCAAGCAGCUUCCAUGAUGGUGGAAAGUAGGUAUGACUUGGGACUGCCAUCCAGAUUUGCUGUUCUGAUAGUAGACAGUGCUACAGCAUUGUACAGAACGGAUUUCUCUGGCAGAGGUGAAUUGUCUGCUCGCCAAAUGCAUCUUGCCAAGUUCCUCAGGAGUCUUCAGAAGAUGGCUGAUGAGUUUCAGGUAGCUGUGGUGAUUACAAACCAAGUAGUUGCACAGGUAGAUGGCUCUGCUAUGUUUGCUGGUCCUCAAAUCAAGCCUAUAGGUGGUAACAUCAUGGCACAUGCUUCUACAACUAGGCUUGCGCUUCGGAAGGGAAGAGGAGAAGAACGCAUCUGUAAAGUGAUAAGCUCUCCUUGUUUAGCAGAAGCUGAAGCACGGUUUCAGAUCUCCCCUGAAGGUGUAGCUGAUGUUAAGGAUUGAAAUAUGUCCACCAGCUUAGGAAGCAGCUUGCCUUGUGAAAAUACUAAUGUCUCAGUUUGAUGUCGUUUCUGUCGAUUUCAUUUCAUUGAUGAGGCUAAUACUAAUAGGUUACAACUACACAGAUCGGGUGCUGAAGUCAUAACCAAUGGGUUGAGGCGUUGAGCCGUUAAUAAUCUUCAUCUAACUUCAGAUCGACAAAGAUAAGCAAACAAUUAGUAAUAUAUGCAGUUCACAAGAACAAAAUUGAUUAAAAAAUGCAAUUAUAGAAC